GGCAGAUGCUGUGCUAGUCACGGAAAGAAAAGUCGCCUUUAGUUACGUGGUUGUUCUGGUGGCCAAGGUGCUGAUCUCGGGUCUCCCACGGGGGGUCUUUGGUACGGGACGUGGUGCUACUGCUGCAAGUAGUCGCCAAGGGUCGUGCUGGUUUUGUUGUCUGUGUGGAAUCAGAAGUCGAGGGUAAAUUGCCUUGUUUGUAAGCUGCUCUUCCUCUUUAUCACCGAGAUCCUCAUCUUUACCGCGGUAUCGAACAAGAUGUCUGCAACAAUGGAGCCUACCCUUUCAUCCAAACUCAAGGCUAUCUUCCCCUCGUCGUCGACCGAGCAAGGAACGACAACCCUGUCAGCUGACCAGAACUACCUCAUUGGGCUUCGUGGCCUGCUUGUAUUCCAAUCAUUUCUCUACGUAUUCUUCCAGACCUUUCUCCCAGCCGCCCUUCCAGACUCGAAGAAUGUCGAUGGCCCGGCGUACCAGGUCGCACUUCGAAAGUCAUUUUCAGUAAUCUUUGCCAACGAGGCAUUGAUCUACUCAUGGAUUAUCUUCCUCUCUGCGCGAACUAUCUGCUUACCUUACCUCGCCAACAAGACGCGUGAGGUCGGCGCAUCGAGUGUCUUCCGCCGUGGCAUCAGAUUAUGGAUUCCGACUUUCAUCGCCUACUCUUUUGCGGCAGCGGCAUUCAGCACAACCUCGACCGACUACAUCUCUGACUUCUUGGCCUCUACUGGCAACAUCUCCACCAUCGCGCCGAUGCGGAUCCAGAACUUCUUGGUUUACUUCAACUCCCUUUUUGAGAUUUUCUGGGUCAACAAGCGUUACGCUAGUCAAGCCGCCAACGAUGUCUUCCCAUCUGGUACGCUUUGGAUAGUUUCCGUGCUCUUCCAGCAAAGCUAUACCGUCUACAUCACCAUGGUCAUUGUUCCGAAUACACGCACCUCAUGGCGAGUAAAGGCUAUGCUAGCUUUCAUCGUAGCAGCGUUCUGGGUGCAGAGCUGGGCCUGGUACAGCAUUACCGGCCUAAUCAUUGCUGAUGCGGUCCUCAACAUGGACUUCAAGACCCGGUCCCAACGAGGAUUCAAGAUCGGCAACUUCGGUAUCCCAGUCUGGCCACUUUACGCCGCGAUGGUCCUUACCGGUGUUGUACUGCAGUUCGUCUUCAUCUCCGGGAAAACAGACAUGCGCGACAACGAGCUAUGGGGCCACACCGCGCUGUACGAUGACGGAUUUCUGAACGAGAACAUAGAUCUAGACCAGCCCAUGGCGAGGGUUGACAACUACCUCAUCAUCCUCGGGUCGAUGCUUCUGAUUGAGACGUUCGAAUUGCCUCGAGCUAUCCUCCGCGGAGGCUUCUUCGUCUCGCUAGGCAAGAGGAGCUUUAGCUACUUCCUCGUCCAAUCCAUACUCAUCUACACCGCCGGUAUCAAGUUGUACACGCACAUGGCCGACGCCGGCAUGAAAGAUUCUCUGAGCACUUUUGUCUGCUUCUUGGUCUGCGCACCGCUCGUCGCUAUAGUGGGAGAGAUUUUCUACCGUCUUGUUGAUUUGCCGAGCAUAAUUUUGGCCAGAGGAUUCUGGGCGUUCAUGACGACAUAGGUGGCGGCAACGGCGCGCUACCGGCACGUGUUUCGGGCCAUCAUCAGCCACAUUUCUUGACAUCUCGCUUACCAGCCGCGCAGCUUCUCUUCUCAUUCACACUUGAGCUGUGCUCGGGGAAACAUUACCCGUCACAUCGCCCUUGCACAAGACAUGUGGCGAGAAGCUCACUGCUCGACAAGCCUUUCUCAAUAGCUCGGCAUGUUCUUAGGAGACA